CCCGACUGCUCCGGUCACCAGGGAAGAUGUCGCAGACAGACACACUGGAGGAGAUGAGGAGCUGGAGCCAGGAGACAUGCCGGAGAGAGUUACAACAAGCUCUGCCCAAACUUCUGUCCAAGUUUCAGGGUUCAGACAGCUGGGAGGAGAUGAUUCGACUAUUUAAGAUUGUUACAGAAGUGUUUCUACCUCAUAUCAGCUUGGUUGAGGUGGAACAAGGUGUAUUUUCACAAGUGCUGCCAAAGGCUGUGAAAGAAUUUCACAAUAUAGUGGCUGAAAUCUCAAGACUGUCAUCGGAGUUCUCAAGUCAGAAUACAGAACUGAAGAAUUCAUUAAGGAAUAUGUUGCAGAAUAUGGCUCAUUGGUUGGAAGCUCUAACCGCUUGUGUGCGUGGUGUCUGUUCUACAGAGGAACCAGUAGCGUUGGAAAAUGUCCAUUCACUUCCUGCAUCAGUGCUUCAAAUUCUCGUUACAACAUUCACCCACUGCAAGGAAAGUGAUUCACUAUAUAGUGGAAGACUCCAUCUGGUUUUGGAUCUUCUUCAAGCCAUUUUUAAGGAUGCAGUAUGUCUUCAGAAGCAGCUAAUGGAACUGCUAGAUAAGGCCACUUUAGGCAGCUCUGCUUCAGAAAAAGAAGUUGCAUGGUUGGUGUCAUUACUACAUACAUUUUUAGAUAUUUGCACUGUUGUGUCUAAAAUGGAUCAUGCACUACAUGCAAACACAUGGAAAUUCAUCAUCAAACAAAGCAUCAAGCAUCAAACAUUAGUAGAAAGUCAAAUAAGGCAUCAUGACAUUGUGAGCAGCUUGUGUGAUGACAUUCUGCUAUCCUUCCAGUCAUGCUUGCAAAUAGCAGAGCAUAUGAAGGUCACUGGGAUACAGGAAAACACUGACCAAAGAUUAUUCCAGAAGAACUUAAAGCUCUGUCGUUUUUUUGUCAAUUCUCUACUGCACUACACCAAAGAAUUCAUGCCUUUUUUGUCUGAAUCUUGUCUUCAUCUGCAUCAUUUAUAUCUUCAACUAUAUAGCCUGUUUCCACCAAGUCUAUAUGCUGUGCCUAUUUCCGAUGUUCAUCAGGAAGAGAUAGCCAAUGUGUUUCUUGUGGCUCUUGAUCUUCUCAUAGGCCAGCUUUUACCCUUCAGGCCUUUUGUGGACGUGAUACUAUCUGAAUCCCAAGAGCUUCCACGAGAACAACAGUUCCCCAAGUGUCUGCUUUUAAUAAACAUUGUGGAUAAACUUCCAACCCUACCGGAAGAUGUGCAGAUUUUGUGGUGCUCAGGCAGCAAGCCUCCAGAGAAAAAACAAAGGAUGUCUAUCUUUAAAGCUGUGUUCCAGAGCUUUGUUGUAUGUUCCCCAGAAAUCUCCUUUCCGGUUACCAUGAAGGACACUUUUGCUAAAGGGCAAACUACAGUACACGUCUCAUUUUAUCAAUAUACCUGCAUUCAUCUUUGUGCAUACAUUGUGUUACUACCCCCAAUGUGCUUUUCUGAGUUGGAGUGUUCUCUGUUGAAUGCUGUUAUCAGUUACAGAAUGAUGGAGUCUUUUCUGGCUAUAGAUGUAUGGUGUUUCUUAGCUCGGUACGGAACCACAGAGCUGUGUGCUCACCAUGUUACAGUGAUAGCUAGUUUGGUAAAAUCAUGUCCUGGCAAAACAUCACAGCUUUCACAAUUAAUUGUCCUUCUAAGACGUUUACUCUUCUUACUGGAUACCAAUCACCAGGCAUCUCUGAUCAAAAUGCUUCCUCCAGAGCAAGAUGAAAAUGUAUCUUUCUGGCAACACAUUUCACUUUCAUCUCUGCCAAGUGCUUUGGGUUCUCAGGUGAAGAAACGACUUUUCAAAAUGGCAUUCUUGCAAUGCAAAAAAUGGCUUGAUAGCAUGGAGACACUAAGAGAGCUGCAAGAACUGAAUUUGUCACUAUCGGCACUGUUAAUUGCAUGUCAUUCUUCUGGAGGGUUACUUGAUUCAGAACAUCAUUUGGACGUGACUGUAAUUAUAGACCUGCUGGUUCCUCUUUUCAUUCCAAAGCAGGUUGCUGGACAGCCUCUCCUGCAAGAAACAUUUUGUCUUUUUUUGGCUCUUUUUUCAUACUAUACAAGGACAGUGGAACCGGGCAAGUUAAUACAG